AUGAAUCCCAUCACUGAAGCUCCCCCGCCACAACCACCGCAGGCCCACAGGUCCUCUUUCAGCUGCGACAAACACCCAGAAGAGCAAUUCUCCGGCUUCUGCACUUCAUGUCUCUGCGAACGCCUCACCACCCUAGAUCAAUCCUCCUCGGCGGCUGCUGCCUCAUCCUCCCGCCGACCGUCCACCUCCUCCAACUCCGCAGCCGCCGCCCUCAAAUCUCUCUUCAGCAAAAUCCCCACCAACGCCGCCACUGAACCCACCAUCUCCACCAAACACAAACCCCUCAACAAACGUUCAUUCUUGGCCGAACUUCGUCGUACAAAAUCCUUCUCCGCGUCCAAAAACGAGGGUCUUGGUUUUUCGGGCGUCUUUGAACCGCAACGUAAGUCCUGUGAUGUUAGGGUUCGAAACACCCUUUGCAACCUUUUUAAUCUUGACGAUGAAUAUAAAAAUAAACCACCGCAUACUAACAUUCAAAGCUUAAAUCAAAACAAUGAAAACUUCACCACCCACAGUUUAGGCCCGGUUUCUUCUAAGGUCACGGGACCAGUUCUCGAGUCCAAAGAAGAGGAUACUGAAAAUAGCGACAGUGAUGAUGACAAUGACGACGAAAUUAGGGUUUUAGAAGAACCCAAUUAUGUGUCAAAUGUGGUGGAAGAAACUGUUCCCGAGAUUGUUGAUGAGAGUGUUGAGAAUGAUAUUAAAAGAAUGAAGGAUCACAUAUAUCUUGAUUCGCAGAUAAAAAAGAAUUCAGGGAUGGACUUGAAGGAAAUUGCGGGGUCUUUUUGGUCCGCAGCUUCGGUGUUUAGCAAGAAAUGGCACAAGUGGAGGAGGAAACAGAAGCUGAAGAAGAUGAACGGUGGUGGGGAUACUGUGGCAUUGCCGGUGGAGAAACCCAUUUCGAGGCAGUAUAGAGAAACCCAGUCAGAAAUUGCAGAUUAUGGUUUUGGAAGAAGAUCUUGCGAUACUGAUCCUAGAUUCUCGCUUGAUGCGGGUAGGAUUAGCUUUGAUGAUUCAAGGUAUUCGUUUGAUGAGCCAAGGGCCUCUUGGGAUGGGUAUUUGAUUGGAAGGACUUUUCCGCGGCUUCCACCAAUGGGUUCGGUGGUGGAGGAUGCUCCUGUGGUGCAUGUUUUACGGUCGGAUAUGCAGAUUCCGGUGGAAGAACCCAUCAAUUGUAGAGAUGAGGAGGAAACAGUGCCUGGUGGGUCGACUCAGACUAAGGAAUAUUAUUCUGAUUCUUCCUCGAGGAGGAGGAAGAGUCUUGAUAGGUCUAGUUCUAUAAGGAACACUGCAGCGUCUGUGGUGGCGGAGAUGGAUGAAAUGAAGGGAGUUUCCAAUGCAAAAGUAUCUCCCGCAACCAUUGAUAAUUUUCAUGGAGGAAAGGUUAUGGUUGGGGAUAGGGAUGUAAGGAAUUCAAAUUCGAAUUCUUUGAGGGAUGAUUGUUCUGAGACUUUUGAGUUGAGUGGUUUUAGGGAUAUUGCUUCGGUUAUUGAGAACGAGGAGAGAAAGGAGUUGAAAAAGUCACGCCGGUGGAGUUGGAAUAUUUGGGGGUUUAUACAUAGGAGAGGAGGGAACAAGGAUGAGGAUGAAGAGAGGUAUAGUAGAGGAAAUGGGGUUGACAAGCCUCUUUCAGAGGCUUGGCAAGAGUUGAGGAGGGAAAAGAAUGGUGAAGUGAGAGGAGGGUUCAAUAGGAAAAGUUUCCGCAGUAAUAGCAGUGUGAGCUGGAGGAAUACUUAUAGCACUGGUGGAUCAUUUGGGAGUACAAGGAAAUCAGAUGCCGAGACGAAUGGGCAUGGUAAAACGAGGAGAGAUGAAUUUGUGUUGGAGAGGAAUCGGAGUGCUAGGUAUUCGCCUAAUCACAUUGAUAACGGGCUCUUGAAGUUUUAUUUGGCACCAAUGAGGAGCAGCUGGAAAGGUGGAUCAGGGAAAGGCAGGCCAAAUAAUUCCCAUUCAAUUGCGAGGAGUGUAUUGCGUCUGUACUGAGAUCAAAGAAAACUGGCAUUAGUUUUUCAGGGGGUAUUGCAAAUUUAUUUACCCCUCUUGGUGGCACAGUUAAAGCCUUGAAAUCAGUUUGAGUUUGCAGAAAGAAUGGCAUUUUGCUAGCUCUUGGUAUCAAUGGAUGGUUGUUAAAAGCUUGGAAAGCCCGGGAGAAAACAACUAAUGUUUACACAACAAAGGAAUCAUGACGGGCAGCGGGCUUUGAUACCCGAGGAUUUGUUGAUAUUCUCUCUCAUUUCUUCCCAUGAUCAUAUGAGCUCUCCACUCCCAUUUCUAGUCAGACAGGGUGAUCAAUCAAGGUGGAGCUGGUGGAGACAAUAUCCUGAAUUGCUUCAUAUCCAUUUGAAGAAUAAUACAACGCAUGGUUUGAAUCAGAAAAUAGUACCCGUGUUCGGACAAAGUCAACUAGAAGAAGUGAGUUCUUUUUUUCUCGGAGCCAUUGUACCCUUUCUUUAUUUCUCAAUUGGGGCUGUGUAUCUUCUAUAGUAAUUGGUUCAUGAGGAAUAGAUGCAUUGGGGAUUUGCUAAAUAGGGAAGAUUGAUCUUUGUCUGAAUUCCUUUAUUUUCCUUAAAGACAGAGACAGGC